GCGAACUCGCGGCGUGUUUGAAGAAAAUUGCUUUUUCCGAAUCGCGGAGAGAGUUUCAGUGUUUUGAGUUCAUGGUUGGUUGUUGCCGGUACCUAGAGAGUUACUUUCGUUCGUUCGUGGCUUGGUGAUGAACGGUGAAACGGGUGACAGCGAAAUUUUAGAGGAAAGGAGGGGACGUUCGAAUACAUGGCCCCUCCCGGACCCUUCGGAGCUCACAAAAUCUGAACGCGAAGUAGAUCAGAGCUUGAAACAGCUCAGCGAGGGACCGAAGAAAAGUUCGCGAAAAAAUGCGUGGGGAAACUUGUCUUAUGCAGACUUGAUAACUCGAGCUAUUCAGAGCUCGUCAGAGCAGCGGUUGACGCUGUCACAGAUUUACGACUGGAUGGUGAACGAAGUUCCCUAUUUCAGGGACAAGGGAGACAGCAAUAGUUCUGCGGGUUGGAAGAAUUCAAUUCGCCACAACUUGUCCUUGCACAGCAAGUUUGUUAGAGUACAAAACGAGGGCAAUGGCAAAAGCUCUUGGUGGAUGCUCAACCCUGAUGCCAAAGGAGGGAAAACGAGUCGUAGGCGUUCUGGCUCUCUCGAUUCGGCUCCCAAAUCAGAGAAAAAGCGAGGGCGAACGAAAAAGGAGAAAAUAAAAGAAGAAGACGGCGAGUCUCCAUCGAGCCCUCGACUUUCAGUGAAUCGCGCGCGUGAUGGCAGGGCCAACUCUCCGGGGAAUGUUUCGCCGACUAAUAGUUCGAGUUCCGACUCGUUGCUCACAAUUCCAGAGUCAGAGUCGCCGUUGCCCUUUCCACUCGGCGACAGCUUUGCCCGACCGCGAACUUCAUCAAAUGCCUCGACAGUGAGCAGUCUUGGUGGUCGGUUGUCUCCCAUACCAGCUCAUGGGGACGAACUUGAAGUACCGUGCGAGGAACAUGUGCCUUCAAAUAAUUUCAACAUGGCCAGCACUUCGACCCCAAUGGCCGAAGAGCUCACGCAGAUGGCUAACUCGAUGAGUUUGGAAUCAUUGGCCGCUGAAAAUAACAGAUUAAAACAGACUUUAACACCACUCCAACCAUCGUUACUUCCGUCCGAGCCUCAUAAUGACCUCGGCAUUGCUGCUGUAUCAAACGGUAUGAGUUCGAAGAUAUCGAGCAGUUUCGACACUAGCUAUAAUAAUAGUGGAUAUAUACAACCUAUUCAACGCACUCAGCAGUCUCUGAGUCCAGAAAUACUCCCCCCACAGACUAUUGUUGCUCCUCGGCCUGCAUACGGCAAUUUACGAGUGUACAAUCAACCUCCACAACAGCCUCACUUUCAGCAACGCGGUUACUGCAGUCCACAGGAACGUCAGAAUACUACCCCAGCUCGCGUGAAUGACAUAUUUUGUCGCGAUCAAGAAAUGGAAGUGCAACAAAGCCCAGAAAAUUCUAUGUUUCAGAACUUUCAGCCCAGCUAUACUAACGGAAUAAACGGUCUAGCACAGAACCAUCAGACCUACACGUACACUUCAGACCCCUUCAUUCAGCAACAUGUCGGGGCAGGUCCAGUGAUGAUGGAAAAUGGCAUCCAUUCGUUGCAAGGGCACCCAUUCACCAGAGUGACAAACAAUAAUCAGCUCCAAUUUAUGAAUGAAAAGUUUCCUAGUGAUCUAGAACUGGAUGCGUUUCAUGGCGAUUUUGACUGUGACUUAGAAAGCAUUAUCUGCGAUGAGAUGAACAUGGGGGAUGGAGGCUUUGAUAUUAACUUAGAGCAAUUUAUCAGCCAGAUACCUAAUGUAGGCGAGAUACGCAGUGGUCUCUACUAAUUGAAGGAUUUAAUUUAUGGUGUACAGGAUAACAUUUUUAUAACAGAUCUAACCAAGCUUGGGCAUGGUUGGUUCUUAAAAUUUUUGUAAGUGACAUUUUGUAAAGAAGCCCUAGGUAUCUUGGGUCAAGUAACUGCCAGAAUUUUCUUUUGUACAGGAGUAAUUCGGAUAUUGACAGAGCAUAAAGAAUGUUGAAUUUGGCAUGUGAUCACAGAUGAUCAAAAGGAAAGGUUCAACGGUCUACACAAUUAGGUUGAACUGCUGCCAUCUAGUGGGUAUUUCCUGUCGUUCAUAUGUGUGCAUCGUCACAGGUGUAGGUAGUUCCUGCACAUCUGCUCUGCACCAGAUAAAAACUCCAUGUUUACAUCCAACACAUGUUGCCUUUAAUCACAUUUUUGUUAGGUACUGUUUUGACCAUACUAGCUUGCAGUGUUGUUGAGAAUGCUUCAUAAUUUGGUCACAUAAAGACAGUGUUGUUGAUAACUGUAGUAUUGGAAAGAUUUGGAUUUGUGUAUUUAUCGAAUCAUCCAUCAUUCUCUUGCUUUGCCUAAGCAGUGAAGCUGCUUCUGUGGUUUGCAACAAUUUUAUGAUGCUGAGUUACAUUUUUCAGAAAUAUUAAAAUUAUGUAUACAUGACACAAGUUCUUGGGUUGGAACUUUUGAAUCAGGCCCUUUUUAAAAGUGGAUGCUGAAUUUUCUUAAUGUUUGUAAUGGUCUGUUUGAGUGUUACUCUACAAUUUCAUUUGAUGUAUCAUUCUUGCCUGAAAUGAAUUUGCACUUGUACUUGUUUAUCUGCGCACAUUAUUUUUUAGACAGAGUAGAAUUUUUUUUUUGUUUAGUUGCACAAAUUUUCCAAAUUUACCAAUGGUUGUCUGCUGUGUGUUUGCCAAUGUGUCAGGCAUGUUAGUUUAAUAGUGAUGCUUUUUGGUCUAGGGCAUAAUUUGAUAUAACAUAGAAAAUUAUAGCUAUUCCUAAAUGAAUUGAAUUGUAUCAGUCAUAUAGAUCGAAGAGUAGUGCUUUGUAAUAUUUGUGAAUAUAUGAAAUAUGAUAGCUGGCCAAGACUUCUCCUUUAGAGUAUGUUAAACUUGGUUCCAAGAGGUUGUGAAGUAAGUCACAAAAAAUUAUAUAUCAAUGCUAUGUGCCUAUAUUUAUGAUAUUGAACACAAUAAAUUAUUUUCUGUUGGCAAGUGAUUCUGUUAUUAAUUACUUAACAGCCAGGAAUAAAAAUUUUAUCACAAAAA